UUUUGUAAUGAUGCAAGUUAAGUCUCCUAGACUGUGCUUUCCCCGUCCAAUCAUUUACGCCGGGUGGAGUUUGAUCGUCCUCUUGCCUUGUUGUAGGUUGGCUGUCUUCUGUUAAUAUAAUUUUACUUACAAAAGGAAAACAAAUUUAAAAGUAGCAGAGUCAGUGCCAGUUUGAUAACCGCCAAAUGUAAAAGCUCGCUGUUGCCGAGUUGAGUCGGUGGAAAACAACUGAAAGUAGAAGAAAACAAAUCCCCUGCUCCAAUCUUUACACUUUUUACUCACCAUGGCAGAAGAAAGAAAUAUCCCGUAUAGCACUUGAUCACCAUUACGUGACUACUGAAACAAACCCCGAAACUUUCUUUCACUUUCCUUCUUUAAAAAGCUCCACAUAAACCUUUCGCCAACUCAAUCUCAAAAAUCCUCAGUACUUGCCAUAAUUUUGAGGUUGCUUUUAGAAAAAAAACCAGACACUGAACAAAGCAACCAUGUCGGCGGAAGACAUGGAGAGAGGAAGAGUGAACAAGAGCAGAAUAGGUAAUAGCAGCAGCAACAACAACAGUUACGCAACAUCAUCAGCGUAUCUGAUCGAAGACAUGGAGUCUGAGUGGACUUCUUGGUUGGUCCCCAUGUUCGUGGUGGCUAAUGUUGUUGUUUUUAUCAUUGUCAUGUACAUCAACGACUGUCCUAAGCACAAAGAUUCGAACUUUGGUGACAAGUGUGUGGCCAGGUUUCUCGGGAGGUUUUCUUUUGAGCCUUUGAGAGAAAAUCCUCUCUUUGGUCCCUCUUCUCAUACAUUGAAGAAAUUGGGUGCACUUGAACGGAAAACAGUGGUGAAACAUCAAGGAUGGAGACUUAUCACUUGCGUCUGGUUACAUGCCGGUGUCAUUCAUCUUCUUACAAAUAUGUUGUGCCUUGUUUUCAUCGGUAUUCGCCUGGAACAGCAGUUCGGAUUCGUGCGAAUCGGAGUAAUCUAUCUGUUGGCUGGUUUUGGUGGGAGUGUUCUUUCCUCCUUAUUUCUCCAUAAUAACAUUUCUGUCGGUGCUUCUGGCGCACUUUUUGGACUUCUUGGAGCAAUGCUUUCCGAGUUAAUUACAAACUGGUCUCUUUAUACCAACAAGGCUGCAGCGCUGGUAACUCUUCUGGUCAUCAUCGCCAUUAAUCUUGCUAUAGGAAUUCUGCCACAUGUGGAUAAUUUUGCUCACUUUGGUGGGUUUCUUACUGGCUUCUUCCUCGGCUUCAUUUUGCUGCCUCGUCCUCGGUUUGGGUGGCUAGAUCGCAGGAAUCUUCCUGCCAGUGCUCCUGUCAGAUCCAAAUACAAGACAUAUCAAUACGUUCUAUGGUUGGUCUCUCUGGUUCUUCUACUUGCAGGAUUCACAGUUGGGUUGGUGAUGCUGUUUCGAGGAGGCAAUGUUUAUGAUCAGUGCCAUUGGUGUCAAUACCUGAGCUGUGUUCGAACCUCUCGAUGGAAUUGUGAUGGAAAUGAGUAGUUUUCAGAUGUAAAUGCUUUAGAAACCGGAUGGCUUUUGUGGUAAUGCUUCAGCGAUGGGUAAUGGGUCUGUAUUUAAUCUUGGCUUUCCACCAUACAAUUAUUAAUUCUUGUUUGUAUGUUUACCUGUUACUGAUCAGCCUUCCUUCAA